UCGACAAGCCACAGCAGGAUAUCUCUCAGCCUCUGGAGGAAAACGGUCUACUUCACUGCUAACCAUGGCUAACGCGGGACCAUCUUAUGGACUAAGCAGGGACGUGCGAAACAGGAUUGAGAAGAAAUAUGAACCGGAACUGGAGGAAAAGCUAGUGGAGUGGAUCAUCGCUCAAUUGGACAAUACCGUGGGAAGGCCAGAGCAGGGAAGAUAUGGCUUCCAGGCUUGGCUUAAAGAUGGCACAAUUUUGGGCAAACUGAUCAACAGUCUGUACAGCGAUGAAUCGAAGCCCAUCAAGAAGGUCGAGAACUCGCAGAAGGCUUUCAAGCAGAUGGAGCUGGUGUCACAGUUUCUGAAGGCGGCCGAGACUUACGGCAUCAACAAAACCGACAUCUUCCAGACUGUGGACUUGUGGGAAGGAAAGGAUCUCGCCGCUGUCCAAAGGACCAUCUUGGCCCUGGGUAAUCUCGCCGUGACAAAGAGCGAUGGGCAUUUCCAUGGUGAUCCAAGCUGCUUUGUCAAGAAAGCCCAGGAGAACAAGCGUGAAUUCACCGCAGACCAACUGAGCCAGGGCAAGAACAUCAUUGGCCUACAGAUGGGGAGCAAUCAGGGAGCCUCCCAGUCAGGAAUGAGCUACGGAAAACCUAGACAGAUCAUCGGCUAAAGUCACUCUCCCCUCCGACCCACCACCCUGUUAAAACGUGCGCUUUCGCCACAGUAACAAUAAGCGACCCCACCAAAAAAAACAGUUAACACUAGAAAAAUCUUCAUUGGCCCUAACUAACUGUGAUCAUAGUCAUUUAUUUAUUAUGUGGCACUUAGGAGAGCAAUGUAAUGUGUCCAUCGGCAUCUUUUACUGGUCAGUUUUUUCUUUGCGCCAGCUCCCUUCCCCCUCCCCCCUGUUGGCUAUAAUUUUCCACCAGACCAAAAUGGGGCCUGUGUCAUAAUUCCUCCGUAAAAUAAUUCCAUGCCCAACCCCCCUCCCCAACGUUGUGAAUGUUUGAGAGUAGAACUGCUCUGUCUCUGUCUCCAUUGCUGAUCUCUCCUGUAAUAGAGCUGUUUAAAACCACCAUUGUUUUUAAGUGUCAGUGCAUAGUGAUGGACACCUUUCAAAUGGACCCAGACUUUCUCAUUCCUAGUUUGUACGCAGCGGUGUGACCCGUGCUGCUCAACUUCCAGUCGUUCACUGGACUCGGACCUCCCUUUAUCUCCACGUCGCAUUGCACUGUCACUAGAACCCCAAGACCAACCACCCAACCCCUCGGCCUCCGCCUCCUCUUUCCUCAGCCCCUCAACUCCUACCCCGCCCGCCUCUCGACGCUGUUUCUGUGAAGUGCGUUGAGACAUCCUCCCGGCUCUAUAUGAAUGUAAAAUAUAAUUAUUCCACUUGCUGCAGGUGUCUCCUCACAGCCUGACAACAGCCCAAUGCUCACAAGCUCCGUUAGUUAGAUUUACUGCAACGCUGUUGACAUUCCGAGUUCCUUUGUCACCACAUGUUGCAUUAGAGACAUUUAAAAAGACCCUCAAAACUCUCCCCUCCGACCAAUACAAUGGCUCAGCUUUGGGGUGACAUUGGGGGUGAGAUUUUGGGGGAAAAUGGGGAGGAAAAGAGCUUUACAACCCGUUUCCCGUUUCACAGAUAGACCCGCUGAUCAGCUCUCGAACAAACAGCUGAGUUUUUUAAAAAAAGAUUAUUUUAAGAUGAAAGGGCUCGAUUCAAACAAAUUAAAAUUCCGAUGCUUAAAAAAAGGAAAGCGGUUUCCAAAAGAGUCCGAGCAAAACCUCUGGUCCUCAUCCUUUGUUGUCGGAAAUUAAUAAGUAAGUUCAGAAAUAGCAUGUAUCAAAAACUGCUAUUAAACAGUGGCUUUCAAUCCUGCGACUGAAACCGCGCUGAGCAGGUGACUGUUUUUACCUAUGUGAAGCCGUUUUCUGGGUGAAUGGUUCUGAGUAAUGAGACUUUAUUCCUUAUGGUUUCCGCUAAGUUUAGGCGUUUGUGGGAUCUUGAUGUCACUCAAAAUUGGCUGAAAUCCCUAUUCAGUACACACUUGACAGCAACUCCUUGCAAAUGUUUGCAAAUCCCUUCAUGCCCUUCUUCUCUCACCCACAAUCCGCUGACUGGCCCCGGCCUCCUGCAUGUCCCUCGUGCCCUCCGUUCCACCAUCAGUGGCCGCGCUUUCAGCCACUGCGCCCCGACACUCUGUCACUCUCUCCCUCUAUCCCUCUGCCUUGCCCCUUCCUUCCCCAUCUUCAGGACGCGUUGGAAGACCUUCCUCUUUGGCUGUGCCUGUGGUCACUUCCCCUUCCCCUCCGGCUCGACAUCGUGCUCCGCCACUGUCAAGCGCUCUGGGACGCUACCCUGCAUGAGUGAGAGGGCGCUGUGUAUUUACAAGUUGCUGUUGAACGCUUUGACCCCACAACCGGUGGUUCAAUCGCAAGGGAUUGGUAUGAAGUUGCCUUGGUGCAGAAGUCGCUCGCGGCCAAGACCAUUUUGAAAAAAACGGAUCCCAUCGGGGAGAGAAUUCCUGCUUUCUGUCAAACGUGCUGUAUAUUAGUUCUUUGUAAAAAAAAACAUUUUGAAUUAAUUUUAGCCCUACGUUUUUGUACUUUUUUUUUGUCUUUUUUUGGUCAAUUUGAAACCAUGCGACGUAAAUAAAAUUUUGAGAUGGAGGAA